AUGAUUAAGAAGAAGAAUAAGGAGGGUAGUAGCAGCAGCACGCAAUCGAGUUUCUUCUCUGCGUUUCAACAACAACAACCAACGACUCGACUCCACUCCACUCAACUCGAAUCAGCAGCACCACCUUCGUUCAUCAACGCCGUCCAUAAAUAUAACACCGUCAUCAACACCAGUCGCGAGCAAUCAUCCGACUCGCCUCCUCAUACAACCCGUCCGUCCGUCUGUCCAACCGUUCAACCGUCCGUCCGUACUACGUCCAGUUCGUUCUCACAUCUCCACCCACCACACCCCGUUCUUCUUAACAUGCCGCUCAUUCUUAAAACAUGA